CUUCUCUUCAUUCUGUUUAUUGCUUUAUUUUUAAGAUAGUGUUUGAUAAAAUUCUACCAAUUGUAAAAACCACUGUAGGCACCAUUUGAUAUAAGUAAAAUGUGGCUUAAGAUCUGUGUUUUAUUAUGAGUCACAUCACUUCAUACUUGAACUUCAGUUUUUUUGGUGGUGAGUUGUAAGAGGUAGCUCUCCUUGAAAUACUGAAGUGUUGGUAUCUGUCAAUGUCAGGUAGUUGAAAUCUGAAUUAACAAAGGUGAAGCUCAAAAUGGCAUAUGACUGGUAGAACAUCACAAAACUCAUAAGUAGCCAUAAAAUAACAUACUAAUACUAUUUAUGUAAUCCCUUUUGUUUUUACAAUAGAUUUAUAUCUGUAUUCCAGGUUUUGCUAGGAGAAACCGUUUAUGUUAGGAAAGGAUGAGUUCUGUUCUGUUCUGCAGUUCAAGAAUCAUUGAGAGUGAGAAAUAUAUCCACAUAGGUGCAUAAAACGUGUGAUUUCAGGUCCAUAUUAUGUCACUCAAUAAAGUAUCUUACAUGUUAAAAGGAGAAAUUCCCUUUGUCUGUAUAUGUCUUAAGAAAGGAAUUAUUUUGGGACAGUCCCAAUCAGAUGGAAAAGUGAUACUUGUUAUAGCAGAGGAAUCUUUGAGAGAGAUGCUUCAGAACUAUGGUUAUUGUUGUUUUUAUUAUUGAACUAACCAAAAUCUUUAUUCUUUAAAACACUGUAUUUAAUGGCAACUAGUCCAAAUGUCCAGUUUUCUUGUAUUUGUCAAAGAUGUUCAUUCUUCUAAGAUAGCCCCAUGUUAAAAGAUAGAAUGAAUUGUAUAAAUUAUAACUCAAACUGCAGUAUGACCAAUAUUAAGAAACUACCUUAUUACUUCUGCCACGGUGAUGGCAUUGAAUACUGACAACACUUGAGGCAUGGAAAUACUUUAGUUGUUUGACCUGUAUUCUAAUUAUACCUUGAAAUUUAUACCAAAAAUUAAAAGAGAACUUUUAGUAUUUUAGGUGGUCUUUAUACUACUCCAAGAAUAUAAUGAUUCCCAGAAUAAUAAUUUCAAGGUGAGGGAGAAAAGUAUUGUAUUUUACAAUAUGAGAAAGAAAAGUCUGACAUCAGUUUCAGUUUUUAAACUACUAUGAUAUGUGCAUUAGUAGAACACUUAAACUGUCUAUUGAAUUUCUGUAUUUAUAUAUGUUUGUAUAAAUUUUUAGAAAAAUGUAGCUUGUGAGUUUCUUAACACAGUAUGUUCUGGUGUACAUCUGAAACUAAUGUAACAUUGUGUGUCAACUAUACUUAAAUUUUUUAAAAAUUAUGUUUAACAAAUAGAAUGCUUUUUUUUAAUUUAAACAUAAGGGUUACCUCAAAAUAUAUUGGUUAUGAUAUCUUGAUAAGUAAUACAAGCACUUAUUAAAACUGUGUUUUGUUUUUAGUUUGUUAAUGUUCAAUUAUAGUCAUCUUCAAAAUGGCUUGUGUCACUUUGAAAACAAUCAUUGGUCUCUGUAUCAACGACUUUAAAAAAAAAUCCAAGCAGAGACCCACUACAAAGUAGAUAGUGAAUUGAAUGAAAGUUAAAAGGAUGGGAAAGUUUUUUGGUGUUUGCUUGUUUGUAUGUUUCAGUUUAUUUAUUUUACAUAAUCUCUACUGUGGGGCUCAGGCUCACAACCCUGAGAUCAAGAGUCACACAAAAGCAUGGGCAAGUUUUUAAUAGGUGCUGUCCUUCUUUUGGUUUAUAUAAUUUAAACCAAGUGAUUUAAACCAUUAAAUCAGGUAGAAGUGCUUGAUGAAGUUUUUGAGAUUAUCCAUUACCAGCUAAUAUAUUUUUGCCUCCCUAAGUAAUAAUUCAUUCAAGAAAAAUUUGCUCUGUGCCAAACAUUGAAGGAAAAGAUUUAAAAAGCCAAAAGGAUAAAAACAUUUGUAUAUAUAGGCAAAAACAUGUUUUGUUAAACGUGUGUUUAUUGUACACAUACUGAGUGCUGGAGAUAUACAUAUAAUUGAUAUUAUGGUUCCUGCUCUCAUGAAGGUCACAGUCCAUUUGGCAAGACAGAUAAACUAAAAUUAAAGUUACAGUAUAUUAGGAGAUAAGUGGUGUAGUACAAGUGAGCAUUAUGCAAUAUGGAAACAUACCAAAGGAAACAUUAGAAGGAAAUCUAGGAAUACUUCCCAGACAGGAUACCUGAAUCUUGAUGGUUUAGUAGAAGUUAAUAGAACAAAGAAGGUAUAUUUCACAUAAAUGGGAUGGAUUGAUGUUGCAAAUUUAAGAGUGAGAGAAUACAUGGAGGUCAAUGAACCUCAAGUAAUUAAGUGAGGCUAGGAUAGAGUCACAUAAAGGUAUUAGCAAGAUAAGAGGCCACAUAGGUGAGCAAAAGACAGACUCUUCUCAAAAAUUGAGAUUUCAAUCUGAAAUUGCCAUUAUUUUUAGCAUGAAAGUGAUACACAUUUUAGAAAAAUCACUCCGGAUGCUACUGGAAAGCUACAGAUUUUAAAUUAUAUUUGGAAGUUCUUUGCAAGAUAAGGAUACAUAGAAUUAAGUGAAAACAAAGUUCAAAAAUUAUUCACAUCUGUACAACUUGGUUCUUAGUUUGGUAAAACCAUAAAUUAGGUUCUUUGUAUAAUUGUGUUACAUUAGUAGAAUAUCAUAUUCUUAGUAUAACCCUGAACUGAUCAAAUACAAGGAUUUGAAAGCUGAUAAUUGUUGGAAAUGCUGUCUGACUUCCCCUUUGCCUCAUUGACUAUAUAGUGUUCAUCCUGUUUGUAUUAAAUCAGAUGAUACUACUAAGUGGUGGCAUUUAGUGUAGCCAUGGUGUAUUCUGCGUUGCCUGACCCUACCUCUAGUGCUGGGUUUAUAGUUAAAAGAACAUAUAAUGCAAAAGGAAAAGAGAAUGAAUCUCAAAAGCUGUGUAAGAUUUUGAGAGGUUGACAUGUAAAAGGAGUUCAGAAGUUGGAAAGUAUCCUUUCCUGAAUCGCCUCCUACACUGUAAUCUACCUUUAUCUUCCUCUUGCUCACAUAAAAUUUGAUAUCUGCUGAAAAUGGCUUGUAAAUGACACUAAGGUCUAUAUAGUCCACUCUAAACAUUUUUAUUUGCUUUCAUUGCCUAAGAAUUAAUUAUAUAAUACAAAUUCCAUGAUAUUAUAAACAAUUUCCCUUUUGCCUUAUUAUAGGUACUAGACUACCAAUUUGAGCAGUAUUAUUUUUAUUACAUUGAAAAUACCAAAAUAGAUGUUAUGGUUACUUAAGUAAACCUAAAUUAAUUCAUAAUUGAAACCACAAAACAGAACAUCAUAAUUUAUUUCAAAAAAUCAAAUAUGCUUAAUUUUGAAGUUUUAGUCAAACAGUACAUGGUAUAUAGACAUAGUUUAUGGCAUGCCAGUUAUUGGCAUGAACCCAGCAGGUUGAACUUUUCAUAGCUACCAAGACUGUUUAAUCCCAGACUAUUAACCUAAAUGAGUGGUAAGCAAGCUGUGAAAAACUUUGACUCCCAAGACAAAUGUCUUCCUGCAGUAAAAAUAAAGAAAAGUAUAUGUCAGUCAUUACAUAUUCUAUUUAAUGACUCUAGACAUCUAAUUCAUAAAGUAAUAUUGGAUUCUUAAUAAAGAAUAAUAACACUGGGUUCAAAUUAUAUGGUAUUAUCAACUUAAAAUUAUUCUAUCUUGAGAUAAAGUGUUACGGAAAAACUGUACUUCUGUCAUCUAUUUUAUUUUAACUCCUAAAUUAUUUCAUUCUGAAUAGAAAGGAGAUGGAGAAUUAACUAAUUCAUAGUUUUAAUCUUGCCAAAAAGGAAAAUUGAAUUGUCAUGAUACUGAAGAACUGGAGGAAGUAAGAACACACUUAGCCAGAGUUCACAUAACAAAAGUUAAGUUUCCUCAGGCUCAGCGAAUCUGUACUGUCCCUUCUAAAAUUGGUUGACCAAAUGGAAAAUGUAAAGGCUGCUCUUUCAUAAGGAAUUGACAAUGGAAGCAAUAAAUACCUCUUUAAAGUUAAUUUCUUGCUUGCACUCUAUCUCAGUUUUUACCUACUCAGGCUAAUUUGCAGGUGCCUGGGAUGAGUAGACAAACCAUAAUUUCUACCAAUCAAGUAAAAGAAGGAAAGAAAACUCUGAGCUUCUCUCCCAGUUAACAGUGUUUGAGCAACACUCCUCCACUUACUGAAUAUUUCCUCAAUGAUAAGUAUCAAGAAGAACUCAAUUUUGACAAUCCCUUAGGAAUGAGAGGUGAAAUAGCUAAAUCUUAUGCUGAAUUGAUCAAACAAAUGUGGUCUGGAAAAUUUAGCUAUGUCACGCCAAGAGCCUUUAAGACGCAAGUAGGACGUUUUGCACCUCAGUUCUCUGGAUACCAGCAGCAGGACUGUCAAGAGCUAUUAGCUUUCCUAUUAGAUGGACUGCAUGAGGAUUUGAAUCGAAUUAGGAAAAAACCAUAUAUACAGUUAAAAGAUGCUGAUGGAAGGCCAGAUAAGAUAGUUGCUGAAGAAGCCUGGGAAAACCAUUUAAAAAGAAAUGAUUCUAUCAUAGUAGAUAUAUUUCACGGCCUUUUUAAAUCAACUUUAGUUUGUCCUGAAUGUGCUAAGAUUUCAGUAACAUUUGAUCCUUUUUGUUACUUGACACUUCCAUUGCCCAUGAAAAAAGAACGUACUUUGGAAGUUUAUUUGGUUAGAAUGGAUCCACUUACCAAACCUAUGCAGUACAAAGUGGUUGUCCCCAAAAUUGGAAACAUACUUGAUCUUUGUACAGCAUUGUCUGCUUUGUCAGGAGUACCUGCAGAUAAGAUGAUAGUUACUGAUAUAUACAAUCAUAGAUUUCACAGAAUAUUCGCUAUGGAUGAAAACCUUAGUAGUAUUAUGGAACGGGAUGAUAUUUAUGUGUUUGAAAUUAAUAUCAAUAGGACAGAAGAUACAGAGCAUGUGAUUAUUCCUGUUUGCCUAAGAGAAAAAUUUAGACACUCAAGUUAUACCCACCAUACUGGUUCCUCACUUUUUGGUCAGCCUUUUCUUAUGGCUGUACCACGAAACAACACUGAAGAUAAACUCUAUAAUCUCCUGCUUUUGAGAAUGUGCCGAUAUGUCAAAAUAUCUACUGAAACCGAAGAAACCGAAGGAUCCCUACACUGCUGUAAGGACCAAAAUAUUAAUGGGAACGGCCCAAAUGGGAUACAUGAAGAAGGCUCACCAAGUGAGAUGGAAACAGAUGAACCAGAUGAUGAAUCCAGCCAGGAUCAAGAACUUCCCUCCGAGAAUGAAAACAGUCAGUCUGAAGAUUCAGUUGGAGGAGAUAAUGAUUCUGAAAAUGGAUUAUGUACUGAGGAAACUUGUAAAAGUCAACUCACGGGACACAAAAAAAGACUAUUUACAUUCCAGUUCAACAAUUUAGGCAAUACUGAUAUCAACUACAUCAAAGAUGACACCAGGCAUAUAAGAUUUGAUGAGAGGCAGCUUAGACUAGAUGAAAGAUCUUUUCUUGCUUUGGAUUGGGAUCCUGAUUUGAAAAAAAGAUAUUUUGAUGAAAAUGCCGCUGAGGAUUUUGAAAAACAUGAAAGUGUGGAAUAUAAACCUCCUAAAAAACCCUUUGUGAAAUUAAAAGAUUGCAUUGAGCUUUUUACAACAAAAGAAAAGCUAGGUGCUGAAGAUCCCUGGUAUUGUCCAAAUUGUAAAGAACAUCAGCAAGCCACAAAGAAAUUGGAUUUAUGGUCCCUGCCUCCAGUACUUGUGGUACAUCUCAAACGAUUUUCUUAUAGUCGAUACAUGAGAGACAAAUUGGAUACAUUAGUUGAUUUUCCCAUCAAUGACCUGGAUAUGUCAGAAUUCCUAAUUAAUCCAAAUGCAGGUCCUUGCCGCUAUAAUUUGAUUGCUGUUUCAAACCACUAUGGAGGGAUGGGAGGAGGACACUAUACUGCUUUCGCAAAAAAUAAAGAUGAUGGAAAAUGGUACUACUUUGAUGACAGUAGUGUCUCAACUGCAUCUGAAGACCAGAUUGUGUCCAAAGCAGCAUAUGUACUGUUCUACCAGAGACAAGACACUUUCAGUGGAACUGGCUUUUUUCCUCUUGACCGAGAAACUAAAGGUGCUUCAGCUGCCACAGGCAUCCCGUUAGAAAGUGAUGAAGAUAGCAAUGAUAAUGACAAUGAUAUAGAAAACGAAAACUGUAUGCACACUAACUAAUGAAAGUCCUAGAAGCCAUAAAAGAGAGACUUUCCUGCUGGUGGUAUGAAAUGAUGAGGUUACCCACCACAUUAAACAAAAGUCUGAGAUGGGGAGUUUCAGAUAACCGAAUGUAAAUCCUUUAUCAGAUUUUAACUUGUGCAGUACUUGAAGUGAAACACAAUGAAAACUUUAACAGAAAUUGUCUCUUAAUACAUUUACAGUCUUGUAAUUACAAGCUAAAUAUAUAUAGGAAAUCACAAAUAAAUCCCUUUUAAGUUUG